CAGUCCUCUCCUCCUGGGAUGGCUUCUCGGCGCUCCCCCCUCCUCCUCUCUGUCCCAGUCCUCUCCUCCUGAACACACACCCCGGGUCCUACCCAACAAAACACAGGACUUUCAGAUACUCUGAAAACAGCCGACGGUCACCGGAUUACUGAGAAGACAAAUCUUUUAUUUGUUUGUUGCACAAGGGAAUAGUUUACCUCAAGCAUAAAUAAGCUGUCAAACAACAAGAAACCGUUGUCUAGUCUAUUGAGAAGUCCAGGACACAGGCACCAUGACCAGUCAGUAGAAAGGCAGUUCUGUGUGGGGUCGGGAUGUUUGCACAGUGACCAGUCGUUGUCGGACGAGACUCCAGCUCCACAGUGAAAAACAAAAGCCAAUCGUGAUUGAUGCGCCAUGGAGGAAGGGAACGAAGUGGAUCUGUCCAACAAUCACAUCAGUCCGCUGUGGAAGCGGCAAUCAGCCAAUCACACUGGUCCCAGCAAGCUAAAGGCCCGGCCCCUCAGCUACCAGAUAGACAGACUCCACAUGACUGACUUCCCCGUAGAGGACAACAAGGGCAGCUUUACCCUGAGCCAGCCUGCAGAGCGACUGGUGGCCACGCCGGGAGGAGGGACGGUCAUUCUGAAGCACGUUCUCAACCAACCCACCAGGAGGACACGGGUUGUCAGGAGUAUCAGCAUUGGACAUUUGGCCAAAGGACGUUUCUCUUUGUCCAAGUUCAAGUCGGAGGAUAAGUUUUCGUCAUUAGACAAUAAGGCGUACCAUGGAGGAAGUGUUGGUCAAAUAGGUAACAAGGAGAAGGUGUGGUCAGACAAGCGGCCUCGCGAUGCCUUGAAGCGACUCUCCAGCCCGUUCACCCUCACCUCUCACAGAGACCAGAUAGUGUUUGGAACAAGUUCCUCACUGCCAGACCCUGCCUCCUCCAGUCACCCCUCUCCCCCUGCCACCCCCAAUAACAACCACCACCAUAACCUGACCUCGUCUUCUUCUUAUCACCCCUUAACCCCUCACCCUUCUCCCCCUAACCCCAGCCCUUCUCCACCUAGUCUCCACACCCCUACCCCAUCUCACAGCUCCACCUGCAGUAUCUCCUCCCUCAACUCCUCCUCCACCCCUUCUGACCCCCCCACACCUCGCAGCCCCUCCCCUGCUGACAUGUCUGCCCCCUCCCUCUCUCCUCCUCCCUCCAUUGUCCUCAGCACCCACAGUGCAGCUGCCCUGAAGAUGGGCACACAACAGCUGAUCCCCAAAGGGCUGGCGUCCCUGAGCAAGGCCUCUCCUGCUGGGGUACAGAGCCAGGGCCUGGGGGGUCUGCUGGGCCUGGAUCCUACCAAGCGGGCCCUACGAGCUGUCAGCAUGGUGGAGACUGGAUCCUUCUUCUCCACGGACGGAGGGGGAGAGGGGACAGACCAGGAUGAGAGCCCUGGGAGUCUGAAACGGGGGUUGAGGUCUACCUCGUACAGGAGGGCAGUGGUGAGUGGAGUGGAAAUGGAACUACCAUCUGUAGACCCAAAGACCCAUCUCCUGUCCCAGUCUGUACUCAAAGGACUACAGGAGGUCAAGGAGACACCGACCAGCCCUGAGAAGAAGAACAAGAGGCCGGAUAAGAAGCCAGGACUGAUCACACAGAGGACUUUUGACAGGGAAGAAGAGGAACUGUAUCAGAACUACCAGGAGAAGGCUCUUCACAAUGACUCUGAUGAGGACCAGUCCAGAGAGCCCAAACCUGACGAGGGCAUCGUGGUGCAGUACAGACCGAUACGCACCUCGUGGAGCCAACUCAGUGUGGUGAAGAAGAGCGGCGUUAAACUCAGCCAGGAUGAGCGGAAAAGACAAGAGGCCAUAUUUGAGUUGAUAUCGUCAGAACACUCCUACCUCCACAGUCUGGAGGUUCUGAUCCGGAUGUUUCAGAACUCAGCGGAGCUCAGUGACACCAUGACCAAGACCGAGCACCACCACCUCUUCUCCAACAUCACAGACGUGUGUGAGGCCAGCAAGAAGUUCUUUAAAGAGCUAGAGGACCUGCACCAGCAGAACGUUGUUAUAGAUGACAUCAGUGACAUCGUGUUCAGACACGCCCAGUCCAACUUUGACCCCUACAUCACCUACUGCUCCAAUGAGGUUUACCAGCAGAGGACCCUACAGAGGCUAGUUAGUAAGAGUUCAGUGUUUAAGGAGGUGUUGACUCGUAUUGAAGGCCACCCAGACUGCAGGAACCUCCCAAUGAUCUCCUUCCUAAUCCUUCCAAUGCAGAGAGUCACCCGCCUGCCUCUGCUGAUGGAUGUCAUUUGUCAGAAGGCUUCUAAAGGCUCAUCUCAGUAUGAGGCCUGUAAGAAAGCCCUUCAAUCAGUCAGCAAGGUGGUGCGUCAGUGUAACGAAGGGGCCCGUACCAUGGAGAGGACAGAGAUGAUGUACACCAUCAACUCUCAACUGGACUUUAAGAUCAAGCCCUUCCCAUUGGUGUCGUCGUCUAGGUGGAUGGUGAAGAGAGGGGAGCUCACAGCCUUCGUGGAGGAGAACGGCAUCUUCUCCAAGAGGACGUCACGUCAUCAGGUCUACUUCUUCCUCUUCAAUGACGUCCUCAUCCUCACCAGGAAGAAGAGUGAAGACAGCUAUGCAGUGAUAGACUAUGCUCUGAGGGACCAUAUCUGGGUGGGACCCUGCCAGGCUCAGGAUAUCAACCUAUCACCCAUCAGAACCACCGCUGGAAUGCUGACAUCACGGCAUCCCGGGGCCAGCCACCUCUUCCGCCUGCGUUUCCGUAGCAACCAUUCCGGAGACAAGGUGCCCAUGGUCCUGGGGGUGGAGCUAAUGAAUGAGCGAGCUCGCUGGAUCACUGCUCUGGGCCAGAGCAGCAACGACGAGAAGAACCAAGACCGGACCAAUGCCAUGCAGGUGGUGGUGACGAGGACAUACACAGCCAAGCAGCCUGAUGAGCUGUCACUGCAGGUGGCUGACGUGGUCCUGGUGUCACAGACUGUGGAGGAUGGCUGGUAUGAGGGCGAGCGACUCCGUGAUGGCGAGAGGGGUUGGUUCCUGUCAGAAUGUGCUGAACCAAUCACGUGCCAGGCCACAAUUGAGCGCAACGUGCAGAGGAUGGACCGCCUCCAGGGGCUGGAAACCAAUGUGUGAUCCGGAACUGCAGGCUCCACCCACUAAUUACACAACCCUCUUCUCAGACAGACCAAUGAGUGAUCCGGAACUGCAGGCUCCACCCACUAAUUACACAAAGCCUCUUCUCAGACAGACCAAUGAGUGAACCGUAUGCCAACGACGGCAUUUGACCAAUGUUGAGCGGACCAUCACUGAAUACACCAAUGAGCUGCCCUCAAGCACUUAUCAACCAAUGAGAGAGCUGACUGACACUAAAAUGCACCAAUAUAAUCUCUCCGUGGGUCAACAGACAAAAUGUAUGUGUGAGCCUUGCCUGCUGCUGUGUAUCUGUUAGAAUGUGGUUUAUGAUUGUUGCCCCAUGCAGUGUAACGUUCUCCGCCUUCUGCCGUAACGAAAUUUGACCCUGUGACCUGUCGACAACACUCUGAUUCCUCCCCCUGAUGGGAGACUGGCCAACCACUGUCCGUGUAACUGUUGCCCCGAUGGACAUCCCCCUUGAACACACACAGAGGACGUGCUGGGGUCAAAGUUCAAAACUGCCGCGUACAGAGUGGACACCGAAUGUAGGACGGCGCAUUCAAAAUGAUGUGGACACAGAUUCGUUUGAUCAACUGUUUCCUUCUGAAAGACUCCCCAGGAGUUUCCAUGAAUGAAACUUACCCUCUCUACUACAUAGUAACUAACAAUUUAUAUGAGCCAAACAACUAUGUUGAUGAUCUGUAUAUAUAUUUGUUUUAAUUGUCAUUCUUUUUAAAAUUCCUGUUUGUCCUGGU